AUGUCCGAUCAGAAUCGUGAUCGUGUAUUAGCUCAGGAACUGUGGGAGAUAAGUUCCGACGAAGAGGAUGUUUUUAUCGUCGAUUCCGUGGAGCGUGAUCAUCAGUUGGCAGUCAAGUUACAAGCAAAAUAUGAUACGAUCGAGUUGCUUUCGGAUAGCGGCGGUGAUCUUAGUGUGCUGGCCGAAACAACGACGGAGAAUGAGGUGGAAGUCGUGAAACCGGAGGUCAAAGACGAAGACGAUGAUUCGAUUGCGGAAUGCAAGGUGUUUCGGGCAGAGCCCGCAGAUCUGAAUAGCCGUGAAUAUUUCAUAGAAGAACUGCAAACCUGGGUAGAUCCCGAGUACAACUUUGAGUGGCAAUUUAUCGAGGUCCUGCCCGACAUUCGGUCCCUGUUUGAUAAGCUGGAUACACUUUACUUUCAAUCGCGCUUCAAAGCGAAACGGUUCAAUGUUGUUUGGUCCACCACGAUGGGUACGGUGACCACCAAUCGAAACUUUAACGCUGAUGAUGGCCGAUAUACGAUUGCAUUGAAUGCUGCGUUGCUAAUACUGCGACCCCGGAUAGAGAUAAUCAGCAUCAUUCUGCACGAGAUGAUUCACGCGUACCUUAAGGUAGAGAAGGUGAAGGAACCAAACGGAGGACAUCGGGACAAUUUUCGUAAAAUGAUGACAUUCCUUAAUAGUAUGCUACAAACUAACGUUUCAUUCAGCCACAAGCUAAACAACACCAGUAUGCUCUGCCGGACCCAGUGGUACCGGUGCACGGGCAUUUGCCACAACUACAAACCAUUCCACGGUAUCGUACGAUCGGUCGAAGGGCCGCCCGGGUUGCACAACGAGUGGUGGAAAAAGCACGCCGAUUGUUGUGGGGGGACGUAUUACAAAAUUUACGAAAUGAGCCGAUUAGUCGCUGGAGAAGUUUCAACCCGGUACGCGGUGAACGUAAGGUACAUGUUGCCGAAGCGUGACAACAUUCGUGGACGCCACAAAACGAAGCUGCCCGUCAGCGAAUCGGUCGAUCUGACCAGCGGAACGCCAAGGGUUAUAUCCAGUUCCAGUUCCGAGAUAAUUACCGUCGAUACAGAGGAACCCGCCGCGGGUACGUCGUACAGUUGUGAGGCGGCCGAACGAUUCAUAGCGCACUUUACUCGCACGAUCGCCCUUUCACGGGACAGCCUCGAAAUGCAGUGCCCCAUCUGCCAGGAACGUGUAAAGCGAAAGCUGUUCAGUAACCAUGUGGACGGAUGUGAAGGUUUCGUUCAGAUCGUUAGCUGGAAGCGCUCGAGCAGUGGCAAAAUCGUACAAAAUGGAAUGCUGGAGCUCAAAGCAACACCAGGCCUGCACAGUCCAACCGGCGGCGGCCAACCAUCGUGUAGUAGCUAUGCCAAACGCCAACGCUUUGGCUGA